AUGUCGGAGAAGGCGCCGCUUAUCCCAGAGCCGGAGCAGGGCGUGUCUUACGGCCGGCCCAAGCGAUGCCCGUACGCCCAACGAUGCUCUGCGGGAAGAGCUGUGGUCAAGGUCUUCGUCCUGGCUACUGCUGCCGGCUUGCUAUACUAUAACAUCCCUCAAGCCCAGAAACCCAUCCACGAAGAGAAGACGCCCGUUUGCAUGACACCAGCCUGUGUCCAUGCCGCCUCUGAGAUUUUGUACAACUUGUCGCCGAACUACAAGGACCUGGACCCAUGCAACGACUUUGAGGAGCUUGUCUGCGGAGGAUGGAGGGACCGACACGACCUCCGUGCCGACCAAGGCGAUGCCUUCACCGGCACGAUCAUGUCCGAGAACUCAGAGCUGCUGCUUCGUCAUAUUCUUGAGGCUCCCUACCCAAAGGACUCCCAGCACUCGUACUUCUCGCCCCUCCGUCUCGAAUCCACGGACAAGUCCGCCGAUGAGCAGAACUUUGACAAGAUGAAGGCUGCGUACGAUGCUUGUGUUGACGAGGACAAAAUCAAGGAGAUCGGCGUCGAGCCCCUUAUUCAGAUUCUAGACGAGAUCAAGACAAGCUACCCAGUCGAGGCGGCUGCCUCUGUCGACUCGAGUCCGACCAAAGACACAAUUCUGCUUCUAUCCAGAUACGGAGUAAACGCUUUCGUUGCAUCCGGUACUGGUGCGGAUGACAGAGACCCCGAUACUGUCGUUGUUUCUGUCGCACCUCCAUACAGCCUGGGACUUCCCUCAAAGGAGCGAUACGAAGAUGAGAAGCUCGUUGAGAAGUACCGCGGAGUUGCAGUUGAGGUUCUCGGUAAUAUUUACCCUGAUGGAAACAAGGACAACUUUGCCAAGGUUGUUGAUCUCGAGAAGCUUCUGGCAGCCGCCUCUCCUCCCACCGAGGAGCUUGAGGAUGUCACUAAAACCUACAACCCAAUGCUCAUCGACGAGGCAUCUGCCCUUGCUCCGGAAAUUGAGCUUACGGCAUUGAUCCAUGAUCUCGUCCCGGAGGGCUUUGUCGUUGAGCGUGUCAUCGUGAUGUCACCCAAGUACAUGACCGAGUUGUCUACAAUUCUUUCCGGGACCGACAAGGAGGUUAUCCAGAACUACUUCAUUUGGAAGGCUGUCCAGUCCCUUUCUUCCUACGUUGACACCGAUGCUCUCAAGCCUUACAAGCGCUUCAAGAAUGAGCUCGCUGGGAAGGACCCCGAGUCUGCCCCUGAAAGAUGGCGCACAUGUGUUGGUCACGUCGAUGACGGCUUGGGCUGGAUUCUCAGCCGUUUCUUCGUUGAGAAGGCCUUCUCGGCAGAGGCAAAGAAGUUCGGCGACACCAUCAUCACCGACAUCAAGACAGAGUUCACUAAGAAGCUCAAGGCCGCUAAGUGGAUGGAUAAGGAGACAACCACCAAGGCCAUGGAGAAGGUUCAGAACAUCAUCCAGAAGAUCGGCUACCCUACGAAGAGCCCCGACAUCAUGAAUCCUCCCAGCCUCAACGACUUUUACAACUCCGUCGACAUCAGCCCAGAGACUUUCUUCAAGAACGCACUCGCCGUUCGCAAGUUUGCUGUUGGCUACGAGUGGUCAGCCCUCGGCAAGCCCGUCGACCGAGAGCAGUGGGGCAUGACGGUUCCUACCGUCAAUGCCUACUACAAUCCUCCCGGCAACGAAAUCGUUUUCCCGGCGGGCAUCAUGCAGUUCCCCGUCUUCGACGUCGAAGUCCCUGCCUAUAUGUCUUACGGUGCCUUUGGCUCUGUCGCUGGCCACGAGCUCAGCCACGCCUUCGACUCCACCGGCCGCCACUAUGAUCAGAACGGCAACUACACUGACUGGUGGUCCGACGCCACUGUGCAGGCUUUCAAGGACAAAGCUGAAUGCUUCGUCGAUCAGUAUUCCAACUUCUCUGUCCCAGGACCGGAUGACAAGCCUCUCCACGUCAACGGACGCCUCACCCUUGGCGAGAACCUUGCGGAUGCCGGCGGACUCUCGGCCUCAUACCAGGCCUGGAAGCGCCGUGCCCACAAGCACCCCAACAAGGAUCUGCCGGGCCUCGAGCACUUCACGCAAGAUCAGCUCUUCUUCGUCACGUACUCCAACUGGUGGUGUGGCAUGUCUCGGAAGGAUACGGCCAUCAACCGGAUCUAUACUGAUCCUCAUGCGCCCAAGUGGGCCCGUAUUCUUGGCACAAUGUCCAACAGUCGGGAGUUCAAGGAGAGCUUCCAGUGCAAGGACAAGAAGCCCACUUGCGAGCUGUGGUAA